UUUUAUUUCACUAUGUUCUAUACAUGCGAAUUAUUAUUGUGUUGUAAACUUGUUCAUUUCCUAUGCGUAGGCUUACAUAUAGCACCAUCGAAGACACUUUAGCAAUGUAACAAAUGGAAGGAAUGCAUCGUUUAGAGGAUACUAACGAAUGCUACUUGUUUUAAGUACUUUCAUUGACAGUUGUAAGGAACAUUAAAGUCAAUUCGGAAUGAGGUCUCGUAAAAAGAUCUUAUUUAUUUCUCACAAUCAACUGGAUAGAGUUUUAAUACUUUUACACCAAGUGAAGACGAAAAUCCUCCGCAUAAACAAUCACAUUGAUAAAUAUAACACACGUACACGCACUCAGUAAACACUUCCUACAACCAGUCACACUUCUGACGUUUCCAGUGAUGGACAUUUCUUUUUUAAAUCAAAGAUAGUUGAUUUUAGUAUUUCAUAUUGUUUAGCAGGUGCUGCCAUCUUGGAUGAUCAACUUGUAUUUGUUGCAAGUUUGUGUGGAUUUGAAAUUAUAAUAAGUGAUUAUUGAUAGUGUCCGUUGUUAUUCUAUUUCUGUUUGCUAAAGGCGUAAUGGCUGCAUCAACGGAAAAAUCGAGUAUCGCAGGGCACGAAGACAGGAUGAGAUGUUUUGUUUGCGAUGGAGCAGCGACUGGAAGAUACUAUAUUCUUGCUACUUGCAGAACACAGACAUCCAGGAUAAGAUUAAUUGAAAAGUUGGGUCAGCUUGUCGGUGAAAGGUACAUGGUAGUAAUAUCUGAGGAUGAUGUCAUCUGCCGUAGUUGCGCAAACCUCAUGAAUACUCUGGAUCGUUUGGAAACUGAGAUGGGAUCUGUUCGUAAUGUUGUACUUCGAUUUUUGGAGAAGAAAUAUGCUUUAGAAGAGGGAGAAUUGCUGAACAAUAAGACAUCAGGGGUACCGUUACCUCAAGUAUCGUCAGCCUCAUCUUCGAGGAAAACAGCCCCAACUACAGAAAAUUUUAUGUCACGUAAAAGAAAAGCGGCUCUAGCUGAACUAGAAAGUGAACGUGAGAAUUCUAUAGAUGCUUUAACAGGCAAAAGAAUGAAGAAUGACCCUAAAAAAGAUAUUUGGAUGCAGUGUGACAAGUGCAAAUAUACCACAAACUUAAAUUCUUUUAUGAUAAAUCACAUUCGACAACAUGUGAAGAAGAAGCAGCCAGAUCUUUGCGAGUUCUGUGGCGGUGAAAUCAAAGCAGGGUCGUGUUCAAAUAAUUGUUCUCUCAAGAAAAGGACGGAAAUGCCACAAAGCAGCACUUCUGGUACAUCAGUUGUUGUACAGAAUUCUAGGCCUGUAUCAGCAAGUAGCAGCAACUUUUCCAGACAGGCAACAAAGCCAUUUUCUGACAAUAUGAAUCGUCCAUCAGAUUCAGAUGCAGAAACAGUUCAAAUGAUAGCUGCUGAAAUAAAUGAAUAUAUAACUGCUAGAAGUGCUGCUGCUGCAGCAGCAGCAGAAGCAGUUGUCACUUCUGCUGCCUCUGGUACACCCCAGCUGUCAGCCCAUAAACUGGAUUCUGUACAGCAAACAUUGCAAGAUAUUCCUCAUGUGCCAGAUGGUUCAUCACAGAUCUCUGUUGGUAAUGUCUCAGAGAUGCAAAGAAUUGAGACAACUCUCAACACUGUGGCAAUGAAUGGUGGUGAUAGUUUACGAAUGGACACUGCAAGUUUAACACAGAAUCAUGGAAUUUCUGUGCCUGGGGAACAUAUGCAAAAUGGAAAUGGUGGAAAUUCAGCUCCAACAGCCAUAUGUGUUAUGAACAUGUCCGAACAAAAUUCUGCCGUUGAACAGACAUUGCUAGUGCAGAAUAUGAAUGACGAUAAUAAUGCUGUAUAUGUGCAGGUAGUGGAAGUGGGGAAGGGUGAUGAAGUGCAUGACACAUCAAAUAUGCCAAAGCAGGUUCUGACUGUUGCAGAUGAUGGGACAGUGGAGAUGGUGGAAGUCAUGUGGAAUGAAAUGGUUUCUUCACACGUUUCUUCAGGCCAAGAUGUUCAGUUCUAGGUGGAAUGAGUUGAAUUGAUGUCAGACACAUUUUAUCAAUUGUUGAUAGCUUAUUGGCCAUUGUGUUCAUUAGUGUCCCAAUAUAAAAAAAAGUUACUUGAUCAGUUCUUGUUUUAAUUUAGUAAUGUUAUUGAUUGAAAUGUUUUGUUUAUUUAUUAUAAACAGAAGAAAUGAAAUGAAGUUAUGUUCAAGGCGAGUGGAGCUGUGUGUGUGUGUGUGUGUGUGUGUGUGUGUGUGUGUGUGUGUGUGUGUGUACGUACAAACGUAUAUGUAUAUAUACAAUUAUAUAUUGGCAGCAACAGCGGGUAUACAAUUGUUUACCAAGUAAACUUCACAUUCCUUUUGUGGAUGUUCACCACUGUGGUUCCCUGUGUUUGUAUUAUUGAUUGUUGUGGGCACUUAGACAAGUACAAGUGUUUGAUUCUUGAUGACAACUGC